GAUCGAUGGAGGCUGGGCCCAGAACUGCACCAUCCUCGUCAGCCAUUUGCCCGCGUAUUCCCACAUGCUCUCUCUGCUGCAGCACAUGCUUCUGCUGCCCUAUACUGGUCACUCCGAUCCCGAGGUCAAGGAAGAGCAACUGGCCCAGGAACGCUAGCGUGCUGAUGUGCUGGAACGUGAGAACUUUGAUGUGCAGUCGUGGCUGUCGAAGAAGGAGCUGGAGCUCGGUCUGCGCAUGCAGGAGAAGGAGGAUCUUGAAACUGGUCUGGCACGCAUGCGCGUACGUUUGGAGAAGGAGUCCGCCCAGCAUUCGCAGGCGGUGCAGCACGCGCAGACCACCGAAAUGAGGGCGGAGGAUUUGCAGCAGCGCCUGCUCAGCGAGCAGUAGGUACGGGCCCGUAUGGAGCGUCUGAUCACCGAGUGCAGCAUGCCCGAUAACCAGGUGGUCGGUCUGACUGGCUGCAAUGGAGCUGUGUCGCCGCCGCCACCGCCGCCGCCCUCGGCCAUACCACCGCCACCGACGGCGCCAGCCAUGAUGCCACCACCACCGCCGCCCUGUCCGGGUGCACCGCCUCCGCCACCGUGUGGCGCCAGCAAUGGCUCUUGUGCCUCCCAAGGUGGAGCUGCCAGAGAAGAACGUGCCGCAGCCCACAAGUCUGGGCCCAGAACUGCUCCAUCCUGCCCAGCCAUUUGCCCGCCUAUUCCCACAUGCUCUCUCUGCUGCAGCACAUGCCUCUGCUGCCCUAUACUGGUCACUCCGAUCCCGAGGUCAAGGAGGAGCAACUGGCCCAGGAACGCAAGCGUGCUGAUGAGGUGGAACGUGAGAACUUUGAUGUGCAGUCGCGGCUGUCGAAGAAGGAGCUGGAGCUCGGUCUGCGCAUGCAGGAGAAGGAGGAUCUUGAAACUGGUCUGGCACGCAUGCGCCUACGUUUGAAGGAGUCCGCCCAGCAUUCGCAGGCGGUGCAGUGCUCGCAGACCGCCGAAAUGAAAGUGGAAAGAUGA